AUGUAUGUGGAGAUUGGAGACUUAAGAGAAGCUCGUCUGAUCUUUGAUAAGAUGCCAGAAAGAAAUGAUGUUUCUUGGAGUUCGAUGAUUUCAAGGUUCAAUAGGGUUGGCUAUUCAGAAGAGGCAAUGAGUCUGUUUCGUGAGAUGGUUCAAUGUGGGGUUAAACUCAACACUUCAUAUUAUUCUAGCAUAAUUAGUGCAUUGACCAGCAUGAAUGCUUUGCAAGCAGGAAAGAACAUCCAUGGGAAUCUUCUGAAGAAUGGGAUGGAGAGAGAUAUAUUUGUCAGCGGUUCACUUGCUAAUUUUUUACUUGAAAUGUGGAAAUGCUACAGACGGACGUUCGUGUUUGCCUCGAUUUUAAAGAAGAAUGUUGUUUGUUGGAACUCAAUGGUAGCUUAUAGUUUGAAUGGCCAACUUGCUGAAGCUAAAGAAUUGUUUAACCAGAUACUUAAUAAAAAGGUCUUCCGGAACUCUUUGAUAACCUACGUAGAAACUGAAAUUUUUUUGAGGCAUUUGAAUGUUCAACGAGAUGAUUUUAAUGAAGUCUUCAUGGGCAUGGCACUUGUAGAUAUGUAUGCAAAUUGUGGAAAUAUCGAAUGUUCUAGUAAUAUCUUCAAUAACAUGCCGAUAAAGAAUGAGAUGGCUUAG